AUGUACCUGAGUCAAGUGGGGAUGCGGGUUGGUGAGCAUUUAGUGUUAAUUGUUUUUUUUUCCAGCAUGGCUCAUCCGUCACCCAAGGCUAAGGUCAGGCAUGACUCGGCCGUUCAUCCCGCAGCUCCAGACGAAGAGGGACGUCGGGCCCAAUCUUCGUCCGUGUCUCGAUCCGAGUCACAGCACAAAGAUGAGCGGAACUUCCGCUCUCAUUAUCUUGGAAAAGUCGGCCUUUUGGGCGUGGACGAGAAGAAGACGUUGGAGUUGUUGCUCAACGAGGACCCUGUGUCCAUUUCCAAAUGUGCCCACUUUGCCAUUAAGUGUCCGGUUCCGUCUGCCCGACGGCUUCACCUUUGGAAGGUUAUAUUAGGUAUCACGGCCAGUCAUCAGAAUAAUGCGGACUAUGUGUGGAAAUGGAGGGCCAAGCCGUACCACGAUGUGAUGCGAGCCUUGAAGGUCAUGGAGAAGGUUCACACCACUUGGCCUAAAGCGAAAAACAUGGCCGUGGCCUAUUUGCUCUUUGCCAAAUGUCUUUAUUUUGAGUCGGAGAAGCAAUUGAGCCAACCUCGUGCCCAGCAUUUCAUGGCCGUGGCCGAGACCAUGACCAAGUUGAGCGAGGAUGAGAUCGAGGUCUUUUGGAUUGCCAAGGGUCUCACCCAACAAUUGGAGACCCUCUCUCAAGAGACGAUGUCAGAGCUAAAUCAUUCGUUCCUCACUAAAUUGGGGAAUAGUUCCACAACCUCCAAAUUAUUCGGGCAUUUGGAAAAGAUUGGCUUGAUCGAGGAACUGCCUUUCGAGACGUGGGUGAGGCGAGGAUUUGCCGGUGUUCUUCACGAAGCAGCCUUGGAAAAAGUCUGGGAUAAAGUAAUUGGUGGAUCUUUUGUAAUUUUGAUUUACCUUGCCAUUCAACUCAUAGAGACGACUAAAACCGCUCUCUUCGGAUGUCAAACGCCUAAAGAGGCAAUUCGAUGCUUGACUUCGACCUCGGAGCAGACCGAUGAAAUCAUGGCACAAAAGGCUGUGGAACAAUGGGGUUUGGAUGGCCAUCAACUGCUUCCAGGUGACGGGAGCAAACACCAUCAUCACCAUCAUCAUCACCAUCAUAGUCAGAGUCGACAUCCAUCGGGUAGUUUACCUUCGACCAACACAACGACUCGCUCACCCCACCAGGAGGGCUCAAUUCAUUCGUAGAUGAAGAUAAUUGUCUCAAAUCUAGGUCUAUUUUCAAUGCAAAAUUCAGAUGACUAAAUGAGGCUACGUAA